ACAACAACACACGUUGUACAGUGUGAUGCCCAAACCGAGACCACUUCGAAAGAGCGAAACGCAGUGUGCAUUGUUCCUCAACAAAAAAAAAAAAAAAGAAAAAAGACUCAGUUGUGUAUCGUUGCAGCUCUACUAGCUAGGGUUUCGCAAGUGCGAUCGAAGAAGAACGAUGGCGAUGGCUGCUGCUCUGCGUCGCGAAGGAAGGCGUUUGACCCAACCAAUCAACGCCCUCCGUUCCUCUCUCAUCUCUCAAGACCAAUCCCCUCAUGGCGCGCGCUUCAUUUCCACUCAAGUGGUGAGAAACCGAAUGAAGAGUGUGAGGAAUAUCCAGAAGAUCACCAAGGCCAUGAAGAUGGUUGCCGCGUCCAAGCUGAGAGCCGUUCAGACCAGAGCUGAAAAUUCCCGCGGCCUCUGGCAGCCGUUCACCGCUCUUCUCGGCGACAAUCCCAGUGCUGAUGUUAAGAAAAACGUUGUUGUUACCAUCUCUUCGGACAAAGGUCUUUGUGGUGGAAUCAAUUCCACGUCUGUCAAGAUAAGCAGGGUUUUGUACAAAUUGAAUUCUGGUCCUGAUAAAGAGACAAAAUAUGUCAUAUUGGGAGAGAAGGCUAAAGCUCAAUUGUUGCGUGACUCAAGGAAACACAUUGUGCUCAGCCUUACUGAAUUGCAGAAAAAUCCCUUGAAUUACACUCAGGUGUCUGUCUUGGCAGAUGACAUUCUAAAGAAUGUGGAGUAUGACGCAUUAAGGAUUGUUUUCAACAAAUUUCAUUCUGUUGUACAAUUUUUGCCAACAGUGUCAACUGUACUGUCUCCUGAGGUUAUUGAGAGAGAGGCUGAAUCAGGAGGAAAGCUCGGGGAAUUGGAUUCAUAUGAGAUUGAAGGUGGCGAAACAAAAGCUGAAAUUCUUCAGAAUCUGGCUGAGUUCCAGUUUUCUUGUGUGAUGUACAAUGCCGUGUUGGAGAAUGCCUGUAGUGAGCAAGGAGCAAGAAUGUCUGCAAUGGACAGCUCUAGCAGGAAUGCUGGGGAUAUGCUUGAUCGUCUCACGCUCACCUAUAACAGAACUCGUCAAGCAUCAAUCACCACUGAAUUGAUAGAGAUUAUCUCUGGAGCUUCAGCACUGGAAGGCUAAUUGCAGGAGAGCAAUAUGUAAUUAUUCAGCAGUGGCGAUAUUAUAAUAUCAUUAUAAUAUCGUUGUGUUCUUUUGAAAUUUGUUGGUGCCACAUUUUUUUGAUCUUACCUCGACUUCUGUAAUAAGUGUUCCAAGGUCAAACCCAUGAUGAGGAUUUUCCUAGUUGAGGCUAGAUAUUUCUGGAAUUAUGUUUUUGAAUUAAAGAUGGAGUCUGUCUUUUUUAACCCGAAAUGACCCGCCAUAGGAUUUUCUAAUUUUAAUAAUGAUGGGCUUUCUUUACUGAUGCAA